CCCAUAGUCUCAAAGAGGAGCAGAGUGCGAGGAACACACACCCACACACAAACACCCCCGCACACACAUACAUAUGUAGCAGCCUCAUCCACUGCCAGGACUCACAUAGUGAGGGCAACAGGAGAAGAGCCGAUUCCUGUUAUCGGGGGCCCCCAGAUCACAUCACAGCAGGAUGCUGGUGGAGGACGUGGUGGUGUCCCUCUCCGGAGGAGCUCCGUGGGGCUUCAGACUGCAGGGGGGAGCGGAACACGAGAGGCCCCUGCAGGUGGCCAAGGUUCGACGGCGCAGCAAAGCGUGCAGAGCUGGCCUGAAGGAGGAUGAUGAGCUGGUUGCCAUUGGAGAUCAAACGUGUACGGAGCUCAGUCACAGUCAGGCCAUGAAUCUCAUCGACAUGCAGAGUGCCACGCUCAACCUGAGGGUCAAGAGGGCUCCGGCCUUCUGUGUGUCCUCGGCCUCUCCUCGCGUCGCCGGACGGGGGAUGCUCUCGCCUCCAGUCGGGGGCGGAGUCUGCAUCACCUCCCCCCCGGACAGCGAGGCCUACUACGGCGAGACGGACAGCGACGCGGACAUACAGACGCCCGCGCUCCGGCGCCAACGACGGACUCCUCCGCACCCGCGGUCGCCGGCCCGCUAUGAGUCCCGCGACGAGGAGGAGACCACCUCGGAGAUGAGCGGGUACGAGAGCGCCCCGGACGGAGGGGGGUUCCUGCACGCCUUGUGGGAGCCCACCAGACCUCUGGAAGGCUUACCGGGCGUGCCCCGCAGAGAGCUGGUCUACCAGCCCCCCGAGGAGAGGGCCGCCGACCACCCCGCGCCGCUCACGCCACACACUCUGACCCCUCGCACCCUCACCCCGACCCAGGACCAGGGCCUGAUGGACGGGGAGGGGGAGGUGGACAGCGGCUUCCAGGAGGCAGGGAGCUGCGUGCCCCUCGUGUCCCUUGAACGGGCCAAGGAGGCCAUGAUGAUGGGGUCCAGUAGGCAGCUGGUGCCCAUGGUGGGACCCCAGCUCGGACCCAUCAGCGAUGAACUUUCCACUUCCUACGUGGACAAGGCUAUACAAGCCAAGCUGCAUCGCGGGGAGAGUGUGGUGGAGAAGCAGGUGAAGGAGGCGCGCACCAAGUGCCGGUCCAUCGCCUCUCUGCUGACAGACGCCCCCAACCCCAACUCCAAGGGGGUGCUCAUGUUCAAGAAGCGCCGGCAGAGGGCCAAGAAAUACACGCUGACCUGCUUUGGCAAGGCCGAGGGGGAGGACACUGAGGGGGACACCGGGGGGGAGACGGAGGAGGAAGAGGGGGGAGGUUCUGCCCUCAGCGGCUCUGAGGUCGAGGAAGAGGAUUUCUCGGCGUCCUACGACCCGACGUGGGACAGCGGCUACCUGGACCUGCUGGACCGCAUGAGCUCCGCCUGCCCGGGCACCACCCCCACCACGCCGUCCACCCAUCGCAACCCGGGGCUCGACCCCUCGGCCUAUCAGAGCCCGGGGUCGGAGUACACAGGGUACAACGGCGUGGCCUUCCAAGGCCCCAGGCUGGAGAGCGGCAGCGCGAAGCAGCCAAUCGCUGCGGCGCUCGCGGCUCCCCACUCCGCCCCCAUGUCCCCCCACGCGGCGGCCCUGACCAACGGGGCGUCGAUGGUGGUCAGCCGGGCCAGCGUGGUCCUGACCCCGGCCGCUGCGGCACCAGGCUCUUACCAAGCUGGGCCCCAGCAGCAGCAGCAGCAGCAGCAGCAUCAUCAUCAGCAGCCCACAGCCUACCAGCGCCUCGAUCCCGCCGUGAACUCAGAGCACCACGCCCUCGCCGCCGCGCCCCCCAAUGCCAACGCCGCCGCCGGCGUCCUGAACCGCACCGCCCGACCCUUCGGCUCCGGUCCCGGCGCCGCCCGGGCCCCCGUGGCCUUCCGUCCGCCCCAGCCCAGGUCCGCCGCCGCCGCCUCCGUUACCGCGGCGACCAGGCCGGUGACGGCCGUUUCCGCGGUGACGAUACAGCCGCAGCGGCCGUUGCCAGGGCCCGAGGCCAGGAGAGCGGUGUCCACCACCUCCCUCUACAUCUCCCCCAGAGGCAACGGCGGCAACAACAACAACGGCGCCGCUGCCACCUUCCCUCCCCCCGCGCCUCUCCCCCCUCCCCCCACCCCCCCCCACCCCACUGCCCCCACCCACCCCUAUAUCAACGUGACAGGUAGCCCUGUGACUCACCCGGCCCCCGUCGCUACCAUGGCAACCGCGGGGUCUCCGCAGCAGCCCCCUCCUCCUCCUCCUCCUCCUCAGGCCGACUCCCUGGCGUCCCGGGAGCAGCGCAUCUCCGUGCCCGCCGCGCGCACCGGCAUCCUGCAGGACGCCCGUCGCCGUGCCAACAACAAGCCCAUGUUCUGCGCCGUGCAGAACAAGGACGUGUCGCCCAACCCGGCGCUGCUCUCCAUGCUGCAGAACAUGGACUCCCCCACGGGGCCCACCGGCCCGGCCCAGGCCCCGCCCCCCGCCGGGGACGCCGGGGGCCACGAGUCGGGCCCCGAGGAGGACUGGCUGCGGCUCGGGGCGGAGGCCUGUAACUUCAUGCAGGCCCAGCGUGGGCCCCGGCCCCCUCCCGUGGCCCCCAAGCCCCAGGCGCCCCAGGCCCCCCAGAUGGGCCAGAUGGAGGGUAAAGGCGGGCAGCUGUUUGCCCGCAGACAGAGCCGGAUGGACCGCUACGUGGUGGACCGCUCGCCCUCCGCGGCCGCCGCGCCCUUCUCCCCCGGGCGCCCCAGAGAGGCCUCCCCGACCCCCUCCCUCCCCGCCACCUGGAAGUACUCGUCCAGCAUCCGAGCCCCGCCGCCCAUCAGCUACAACCCCCUCCUCUCCCCCUCCUGCCCCCUCAAGGCCCAGAAGCCCCAGAAGGCUGAGGCGGGGAGAGCGGGGCCGAAGACCGGAUCCAAAACGGCCGCAAAGAAAGGGGGCCUCAAGCCCUUGGAGAUCAUGACUCAUCAGCCGUACCAGCUCAACUCGUCGCUCUUCACCUACGUGCCCGGCGCCCCUCAGAUGACCUCCAGCCCCCAGCGGCCCCAGCAGCAGCAGCAGCAGCAGCAGCAGCAGAGAGGCACGAUGGGGGGUUACCAGACCCCCAUGCAAACGGCGCGAGUGCGCGAGGUCAAGCGCUUCUCCACGCCCCCCCCCGUGGCGACGGGGCCCUCCCUGAAGGUCCUCGUACCGCGGUCAGUCACCUCCCUGGGCGAGCCCACCUGGCGCUCCGAGCCCGCCUUCUCCUACCAGCCGGCCCCGGGCUACCCCCAGCCCCAGCCCCAGCCCCAGCCCCACAGCCAGUCUUCGGUGGGCGGUCCGAGACCCAGGUUCAGCACCAGCAACCUGGGCCUGCAGCCCUGUGUCUGGCGGCCAGCAGCCACCAUGCACUGAGGGGAGACGGCUCGGUCGAAUGAACUGAACAGCACCCCCGUGUGGCCGGAACCGUAGAGGACAUCUUUACACCAGGGGUCUUUUCAAUGAGGCCAUGUUGAGAUUUAAUUUAGUAGUAAGCACGGAGUAGUUGAUUUUCAAUUGGGUUUCAAAUCAAAUCUGUUCACCAUUAAAGCACGUUUUUUUUUUGUUUUUUUUUAAUGUAUCUGUCACUUGGAGCACAUUUUAAUAUUCCUUUAGAGCUGUAGUCGUCCACGUUCAAUGUAGUUGUUUGCAUUUUAUUGUUGUUAUUGGGAACACUGUGUGACAUAAAGAAAAUGUAAGAAUGACUGCGGUGGACGAAUCGAUAUGGUGGAGUUAAGAAACAUGGUCGGACUAGGUUGUGAAGGUCGGAAGACAACUUUGAUGAAAUGUACUGUAAAUACUUGAAGAGAUAUUAAUAUUGAGAAGCAAUGAUGAAUACAGUCUGAGGAAUCGGGUCGAAGAAUCCGGGAUAUGUUAAAAGAAGAGGAAGACAGAGACAGAGCGAACAGACCGAACUGAAAGAGAGGGAGAGGUAUAAAACAGACAAUGAAAGAAUCUGGAGAGCGGUUACCAAGCCCUCGUCCGCAGAUUGAAAAGCCAGUGUACGUGAAUACCAACCUCCCAAAUCUCAUUGAAUAUUCUUUGUAUUGUACUUUAAGAGCAUGAGCCAUGCUAAGGUAUGUUAAUGACUUUUUGUGUCAGUGGUUUAUAGAUGCACCUACCUGCUCUCUGUCACAGUGUUGUUUUGUGUGUGUGCCUCGAUAUAAUCUUUUUUUCACUGGGUGAAAGCACUUUUACCAUGAAUAAGAUGAUAUGGUAGUGGGGGAGGGGGGGAGCUUGGGGGGCAUAAGUUUAUGUUAAAUCUAGAGUAGGGAACUUUUUGGCAUGAAAACAAAUGCAGUUUGAGGUAAAUAUAUUUUUAGCUGUAACUCUGUACCACAAAGCGAGCUUCGGAAUAAAAAUAGAAGUCACCUCAGCUGUCCUUCUCUUCCUGUGCCACCUACACACGUCGGCUCCGCUCUCUCAGCCUAUGUCUCUCGGCCUCCCUCUCCUGUCGGAUCCAUAAAGGCUGCACUUUGCGUUUGCUC